AUGGAGGCAGUGGAGUUCGGAACACGCAAAAAUCUGUUACUGCCGGACGUUCCAAACCCAGUUCUCUACACAGUUGGAAGCUGUAUUCUUAUUAUUGGUUCAGUUGGUGUUGUUGGAAAUGUGUUAGUUCUCUAUGCAUUUUACAGUAACAAGAAACUGAGAACAGCACCCAAUUACUUCAUAAUAAAUUUAGCAGUAAGUGAUCUACUCAUGUCCGCUACCCAGGCACCAGUUUGUUUUUUGAACAGCUUCAACAGGCAGUGGAUCCUUGGAGGAAUAGGAUGUAAUAUCUAUGCAUUUUGUGGGGCUUUGUUUGGAAUAACCUCUAUGAUGACUUUACUGGCCAUUGCUGUUGACCGGUACCUAGUUAUCACAAAACCAUUGCAGUCGAUCCGGUGGUCAUCCAAAAAACGGACAAUACAAGUAAUUGUUCUUGUCUGGUCCUAUUCAUUAAUGUGGAGCAUGGCGCCAUUACUUGGCUGGAGUUCUUAUGUACCUGAAGGUUUAAUGAUAUCAUGUACAUGGGAUUACGUAACAGCUACAACUUCAAACAAAAGUUACACCAUGAUGUUGUGCUGCUGUGUGUUCUUCAUCCCGCUUCUUGUGAUAUCACACUGUUAUUUAUUCAUGUUUCUGGCGAUUAGAAGCACUACCAGGAAUGUUCAGAAGCUUGGAUCGUGUAGACGACAAUCAUUCUUGUCAUCAACUAUCAAGAAUGAGUGGAAAAUGGCUAAAAUUGCCUUAGUUAUCAUAAUUGUCUAUGUGUUGUCUUGGUCUCCAUAUGCUUGUGUCACAUUAAUUGCAUGGGCUGGCAACGGAAAAUCUUUAACACCAUAUACGAAGACUGUUCCUGCAGUUAUAGCUAAAGCCUCUGCAAUAUAUAAUCCAAUUAUAUAUGGAAUAAUUCAUCCAAAGUACAGGGAAACCAUUCACAAGACUGUGCCUUGUCUUCGCUUCCUCAUCAGACUACCAAAAAAAGAUAGUAUGUCAACAUCCAAUUUUGACUCUUCAUUCAGAGGUUCGGUCUACAGUCGACAGUCGAUAGCUUUAACUAAGAAAAACAGCUGCAUUUCCACCGUGUCCACAGCAGAAACAAUAUUGAGUGAUGUCGAGCAGAUAGUCUGCUUUCAAAGAAGCCAUUCUUUUUCCUCAAGUCAAAAGCGGGAACAGAAAGGAGAGAUUCUGUUGAAGGCCUGGAGCUGUAAUGCUUUACCUGAAGAAAAGGUUUUUCCUGCAGUCCAUAAACUUGAGCACUCAUUUAGAAGAUCAGAAAAAAGAAACACACAAGAGCUUCUUGUAUCAAAUUCCUUGAAAGCAGUCACCUAUCCCAUUGGCUUACAAUCCAUUGUUAAAGAUAAUAAUACACAAUUAAAGGGUCAUGAUGUAAGUGGGGGCCUGGAUUGGAUCAUUCAUGCCACAAUCCCACGUAUUGUUAUUAUUCCUACCUCACAAAGUAGCAUUUGCGAGGAACAAGAGGAACUUGGCAACGAUCAGGAUGAAAAAAGCGAAAAAGAUUUUGAUGAUGAUUUCUUCAACUUUCACGUUGACACAAGCUUAUUGGACUUUGAAGGACUUUCUUCAAAUGCUGAUCUUUUUGAAGUGGUUGAGAAAUUUUUGUCAUAAAGGAAGUUGAAAACCAGUGACUACAGUUAUGAAAUUCCACAUCUGCUAUAAAUAGUUAUGCAAUAAGUGAAGCACCUAGUAUUAUAUUGUAAGAAACUUGUU